UUCAAAACUAUACUACCCUAACAUAAAGCAAACAACUUUGUGCUAUUUUUAUUUCUGGUUUACCGAGCUCGUUCAAAAUCUCAGUCGGCUCAGCGGGUUUAAUAUCACGAGUACCGGGUAAACAAACUUCAAAAUUUAAGAUUUGCGAAUAAUUGGAGACGACGUUAAGUGGAUUGAAUCUAUAGAAAAGUACUUUCUGAAGUCCUCGCUACAAAUGGAAGCAAGUCACGAAUCGUCCCAAAGCCACCUGGGUACUAUCCUCCCUCCCGCCACUUUCCCGCCAUAUUACCCGGAGCAGACGACACAACCCUCUACCCUGAACGGAGCUCCCUGUUUCUAUCUCGGUGACCGGCCGACUUUCGAGCCAAACCCUCCCCAGAUAUUCGCCAGGACAGAUCCGGACGACCAGAUACCGUACGCCGUAUUGGAAUAUGCGCAUGAGUCUGGUCGACAGCGCUUGUUGUAUACGCCCCUGACACCCCCGCUUACACCCCAAACACCACAGCAGGCUCGGGGGUACGCCCCGUCUGUCUACAGAGAUACAUUUCAAACGGAGGGACACAGAGAGUCAACAUAUCGAGACAGCUGGCCCCAGUUCAGUCACCACCCAGCGGCAACCAGACCUCUGUAUGUGCACACACAACCAUGGCUGCCCUCUGAACCCUCAUCCAGUUUAGGGUCAAGGUCACAGAUGCUGGAGAUACCAAUCUCUGACAGCAUGACGCCAGAAUCCCGCCAGAUGAUGCUGGAGAAGGUGACCAAAGUGGUGGCAGAACAUACGGACGAACAAAGGGAAGAAUUCCCGCUCCAAGAUCCACCGAAGCCGAAAUAUAAACGCCAGUUGUCAGAAGACAGUUCGGCCCCGAAUGUUUCCAUGGCAACAAGGUAUGACAAUCCACCCCAGUCACCUAGGCACGCCUACACCGCACCCAAAACACCCCAGCCGGAGUCUGCCCAUAAGACCUUCACCUUCGCCAUAGAUGAGGACAGAGGUCAAAUGUCACCAAAAAGAGUCAAGACUGACAGCGGCGUGGCCCGCCCCGCGAUGUCCCCAUUAGUCCAUUCCGAAGUCCAGCAGCCUUGGUCUAACCCCCCGCGGCGUAACGAACAACCCCCAAUCUUCCAAUUCCCCGAUGUUUCUGAAGCCAGGGAGACACAUCUACGACUGUACCCUGAAGAGGAUCGCCAGGUGUAUCUUCCCAGAGCUACACGAUGCUCCGAAGAACGGCUUCUGGAACAUCCUCAGUGGCACCCGAACGACCAAAGAAUCCCCGACCGACUCUAUCCACCAUCACGAGAGCUAUACGCGGGUCCACCAAUGGUGCCAAGAGAAUAUUCCAAGUACCAAAGAGUUGUCCCAGGACAAUGUUCUCCGGAGAAGUAUCACUGGAGGAACCCCUAUGUCCGAAGUGACCCUCCAGUUGGUCAGCUCCAACAGCUGCAAAGGGGCAGUGAGGUCAGGCAAGUGACCAACUCGACCCUCAAACGAACGCCAACAGUCAGGAGUCAGAGCAACAUCGAAUACUCCCCAAGCAAGAGCGAGCUGGAACAAAUGGAAAAAGACAAAUAUUCCCGGUCAGUCUCCAAACCGGAAGGUCCUGUUGGGAUGCACCAUUUACAACGACAAUACGCCACCAAGGAAAACGUCAACGGGUACUACGGCUGCCAUGGCGAGGCAGCCUUCCCGGCAGAACGACCGGUAGAGUGGCAGAGCCUGUACCAGGACGCAGGCAGACAGGGAGCGUGCCGACAGCUAUUCGGAACAUCGGAACCAUGUUACAGUAGAGGACCGACAUACCGUAGUCCCUCGGAUAUACGUGACUCCUACACGCCCCACAUCUCACAACGAGGCCAGCUGGUUGGUUCAAACGACAAUUACGACAUCUAUGUUGUGCCUCACGAGCCUCGUUCUGAAUCAGUGACGUCACGUCCGGCGACAUCAGAGGAUGGUAAUGAGAUGGUUUACGUACAGCCACGCCGGCAAUCGAUUUCCUGUUCUCGAGAUACUUGCAGAAAUGUAUCGAUGGUGCAGGGAAGAUUGUCCCCGGAGAAGAAACAUCAGAAAGGUCAACAGAUCGACAUCAAAAUUAAAUGCCAGGACAUCGCUCAAAAUGUUCAGGAACUGUCGGAGAAGCUUCAGAUGAAGAAAACCACAAGCCCCUGCAUUUGUGAAAAGGUUGAAGCGGCCAUGUUGAAAAGUGCCAAAACAGCCUUCAACAAAAUCCGGAGAGAUGACCCGAGUCGAGAAAGUCACGAACGUUUUGAAAGAGAAAUUACAGAAAUAAACGCCACGUUGAUGAACGCCCUGGAAACGGCUAAAGCUGUGAAAGAUUUGUGUGGACGACACAGGAAGGUCACGGACAUUUACACCGGAAGCGUUGUGAUAGCAAUGCAGUGUACAACUCUCGCUUCGCUCGAGACUUUGCGAGAACAUUAUAAAACUGGCGAGCUGAAACGACUGUUGUGCCAAAGUUUUGUAACCGAAAGGUUAAAAAAGGAGUUUGGAAAUUUUAUUUUGCUGUCUGUGUCUAUAUCAGAGGAAGACUUUGAAAGAUGCAGGCGACGCUUAGAGGAACCUCUCCGUGACGUCACGUGCCAAAGAAAGACACCUGCUCGGACACCUCGGACACCUGCAAUGCUAUCUCCAUCAAAGAGGAUCACCAAGAGCGCCGACGGCCUGGAGAACAUCCCGUCAAUGCCGCCAACCCCGGUGAAUCACUGUCGUAGUGCCUCCACCCCAGUCCUGAUGACGUCAUCACCACUGUCUAGUCCCACCCACAUCACAAGGUCCCCCUGUACCCCCACCAAGAGGGACCGGGUGUUUUCCUUCACCGGCAGAUGCCCCACCCCAUCCCGACAAAGGAACCUGUCACUGUCGUCAGCCGGAGAUAUCUCACCGCGAAGAAUAUUUCAACACAUAAAUUCUGACAGUCCCCCAUGUUCACCGUCCAAGAAAUCCUUCACAUUCAUCGACGCUUACAGCCAACAGUCUUCCCCGAGGCUCCGUAAGAGUCUUGAAGACAUAACGUCCGAUCUCGAGAAUGUGUCCGUCCACCGGUAACAGACGUCUGAUUAGACAGAGCAGACUAUGUCACGACAGUUGGCAUGGACGUACGCGACACUCAUAUUCAAACAGUUUACAGCUGGCUCUCCAUGCGUUCAACGAACAAAUACUUUCAUUACAUAUAUACUGAGGAAAAUAAAUAAGGGAACACCACUUCAUGGCAGUGUUCUUUUAUUUAUUCUCAGAUUUCCUCCCAGAGCGCUAUUCAAAGCUGGUGAUGAAUACUGUAAAAUAUUACAGGAACACACUUUCCUGAUUUCCUGAACACAGAACUUCCCUGUGAUCCUUUAUUUGUUUCUCUCAGUAUAUAUGUCAAAAAUGGCCGAUGUCUGCACGUCUUUGCUGAAGGCUGUUAAUAUUUAUUAUCAUACCUCACACAUAAAUGUCGUUUUCUGAUUGGCUGAGCGCUCUUCUAUUAUUUUCAGUGUACACCGCUUACAAACGAGUAACAUUUCUAUGUUACCCGGUGGGAAUGCCGAAUUGUGGCAAUUCAUUUGGUACUUCGUGUUAGUACUUUUUUAUCUCGAAUAAUUGAGUCACGUAUAAUGUAUGGAAUUUACCGAUGUUUUACGAAUGUAAAUCGAUGGAAGGGAGACAACUCUAAAUUUGUGUUUCUUGUCUGCUUGAUUCGAUGUCAUCUGAAAAUCUACAUUCAAGUAUUGGCUAAUUGCCUAACUCUGGUACUCAUUGUUAUGAUCCGAUACCUGUGCUUCAAACAGUUUAAAAUUAACACUGAAGUGUUCGGUAAGAUAUUUACGUCGUUCACUGGUCCCUCGGGCCAAGGAGUUAAUGUACCCGUCAUGACCAGUGAACAACUUAUACUGUGCCUUCCAUGAAUCCCGGUCAUAAUGUGACCUAUUGUUAGCCGGUGUUACACAAGUUGCUCUCAUUAAAUUGUAUCGGUCGAUGAGAAAGGUUCUUGUUUUAAAAUACCACAAUGACUGGAUAAUGCCUCCUUUAAAUUUUGGAUAAUUAAUAUUUUAAUUUUGACGUCAGUGGUUGCACGGCUCGACCAGCGAGUUAUGACGUCAUCGUGACGUCAUUGUUUGUAAGGUUCAACAAGUAUGAUGUAAUGUUUUAUAAAUGACGUGGUUGAUUGUAUGCUUCGACCAAGCAAUAAUGUCGCCCCGUUGAUGUCACAGCUCGUACGACAAAGAGUAUACACGUGAGAACUAUUUUUCAAAAUGGCUGUCUUAUACGGAGAUCUCUGUUUUGCUCGUUUCUGUUAUUGCUUUUCUGUGGGUCUUUUUCAGAAUAGAACAAUCCUCUUUUGUUUUAGCAUUCUUAUUUUAGUAGUUGUGUUUGAUUAUGUUGUUUGCAGUAUUUAUUUGAUUUGGGUUUUCGUUUUGUAGUUUUCAUUGUAGACAGUUGUACUGUUUUGCAAUUUGCGUUUGUUGAUUUUCGUUGUAUUAACUGUAACUGCCAAAUACUUGUGUUCAUUCCUAAGGGAAGCGUUUCGUGUGUUCAGAUCUACGUCAUUUGAGUUUCUCCAGUCACCAGAUUCAGAUUUGGCAAGCAUUUAUCUUGUAUGUCUUCAUUGCUACCGUGGACAAUGAAGCAAAUUUGCAUUUGGGUAAACUUUCUAAGUUUUGUGUUAGAUUUAUUGUAUCUAAAUAUCAUUCAGUUUCCAGAAUUGCAAAUAUCCAUAUGUUGCUGGCGAAAGAACGUGGGGGUAAUCUUUUUACUUCACAUCGAUGGUACUGCAUAAUAACGAUAUUCUGAAUGGGAAGUGUAAUCAGAUCUCACGAAUUGAAGAUGUUUAAUGUCAUCAACUCUCACGAAUUGAAGAUGUUUAAUGUCAUCAACUCUCACGAAUUGAAGAUGUUUAAUGUCAUCAACUCUCACGAAUUGAAGAUGUUUAAUGUCAUCAACUCUCACGAAUUGAAGAUGUUUAAUGCCUUCAACUCUCACGAAUUGAAGAUGUUUAAUGUCAUCAACUCUCACGAAUUGAAGAUGUUGAAAGACACCAACUUUCCUGAAAUGAAGAUGAUGAAUGACAUCAACUUUCCUGAAUUGAAGACAUUUCGAUUUCUGAAUAGAAUAUGUUGAUCGGCAUGAUCUAUUCUGAAUGGAAUGUGUUGAUCGACAUCUGCUAUUCAAAAUGGAAUGUGUUGAUUGACAUUUGCUAUUGUGAAUGAAAUGCGUUGAUCGACAUCUGCUAUUCUGAAUGGAAUGCGUUGAUCGACAUCUACUAUUCUGAAUGAAAUGUGUUGAUUGACAUUGGCUAUUCUGAAUGAAAUGUGGUGAUUGACAUAUUCUGAAUGAAAUGUGGUGAUUGACAUUGGCUAUUCUGAAUGAAAUGUGGUGAUUGACAUUGGCUAUUCUGAAUGAAAUGUGGUGAUUGACAUCUGCUAUUCUGAAUGAAAUGUGGUGAUUGACACCCAAUACUCUAAAUGUAAGAUGAUGUAUGACAUCUAGGACUGAAGAUAUUUAAUGUCAUUCGACAUGUUCAUUUUCUUUUGUCGCCCUUCGGCUCCAUGGUAGGGUGUUCGUCGCAUUUGUCAUGUGAGGUAAAACUCGCUGUUGUUUUCUUGAGGCAUAAUGCUGCUAUGUAGACACGUUUAUUGUAUACACAGGUUUCUUUAUUUUUGGACAUAUAUAUUCAAGACACAACUGUUUGUUAUCUAUAAUCUGUGAAGGAACACUUUGAAAAGACCUCGAUGAGGAUUGGGUGGGUAGCGUGAAAAUAUAUGGUGAUUUCACGUAUGCCUUUGAUAGGCGGAAGCAGACAUUGCUGGUUUCAAUAUUGAAAGUAUCAGUUGUGGACGAGAUGAUUUAAUUCAUUAAUGAAAUGUGAAUAAUAUAAGACUCUUACCCAUGAGAAUGAAUGAUAAGAUCCCUCCGAUAUUUGCAUUUACCGUUUUUAAAUGUGAUUGGUCAAUUGAAGCCAUAUGACGUGACUGUAAGAAGAAAAAUAUAAUAUGACGUCAUCCAAUGUCUAUGACGUCACAAAAUCAUUACGUCAUCUGAGGUCAGGUCUGAGGUGGGGAUCACAUCAACUAUUCAUCCGGCGCGGUUAUCUAUCAUAAGUGGUAGCUGGUUGGUGAUUUCGUAUUAAAUUACAUUAGGGUGUUGAUUCUGCUGGAGUUACGACUCAGAAUUACUGAAUGUCAAAAUUGUUUAUGUGUUGAGUUCUGACAUUCGUUUGUAAACUAUGUAUGGCACUCGUGUUAUACUCUCGUUAUAAAGCAGUAUUCAGAUAAUGUAGAAUCAUUGCCUCAGAUAUCCCCGUGAACUGAUACAACUCAGCUUUGUGAUCCUGCAAAGUCAUGUUUCAUUUCAUGAAUAAUUAUAUUCUUAAAUUAUACAUAAACACUGUACAUAUUGUUUUCUCUAUAGAAACGUUAUUUAAUUCAGAGAAGAUUCUUUUAGAAUAAAUAAAAAAACUGA